AUGGAAAAGAUGAGCGAAGUAAUUUUGCCGUUUGGUACAUUUGACCUAGAAGCUGUCAGCAGUUUCGAUGGUUGUCCGCUGACGAUUGCUGAUGGGUAUUAUCCUUUGAGUAUGGUGGAUGUAACCGCUUGCCCAAGAUGGAAAUUCAGAGAAUGGUAUCGUUCACAAAUUUUAGCAAUUUAUAAGUUAAAAUUGAAUAAAAUUGAAUUCGUAAAUGAAAGCCUAAUUGAUCGAAUUCUUUAUACAUUACUGCAGUUACCUAGAGGAACACUUUAUAAGUAUCCCAGUUGUUAUUCAGCUUGCAGCUUAAAUAGUAUUUAUCCCACCCCUGAAAACUAUUCAGCGUCUGUUCGUAUAGCUUGUCCAGAAGAUAUCGCUUCACCCACAUUGGAUAAAGAUAAUCCAAUGUCAACUUCCAUUAUUUUUGAAAAAAUAUUUAAGAACGUAGAAACAGAUGAAUGUUCUUGGAUUGAUGUGCCUGAGCCAGCUUUUAUCGCCAUCUGUUCAUAUUUACAUCCAAUUGAUAUCGUAAAAAAUGUUUCUGCUGUAUCGCGAAGGUGGAACUGGUUGGUAAAGAAACUUCAUUUAUGCCGUCAAGCACGAAUCAAUAUCACUGACCCUCCUUAUCAUCGAUAUUCAUUGGGUGUUUUUUUACAUGAGCAGGGAAAUUGGAUUGAAAAAUUAUGUAUAAAUGUGACAUGCAGUGCUAAGAUGUUUGUAGAUGAAGAGUUUUUCGAUUUAUUUCCGAAAUUCAUGCCUCGAGUGAAAGUACUGGACAUCGGUUUUUUUCCAUGUUUGUAUCAUUUUUUCAUGCUUAACCAAAGAUAUUUUCUUACAUUCUUUUGUUUUGCUGAUUAUUCUGGCUUACUUUCAAAAUUUAAGAAUCAACAAACCCCAGAUUUUUAUGAGGUUAUUUUUGCCGUGGGUUUUCCUCAUUUGAGGCAAUUAAACCUAAACAGUUGCAAAGCGAUUAAGAGUGAAGAUCUUCAUGUUUUAUGCAAAACAAAACGGCAUAUUGAUGUGUUAAGUGUCGAUGGAGUAGGAUUUACUCCUUGUCGUAGUAUCGCCUCAUCUAUCUUUUAUUAUUCGAUUAAAAGGUUGUAUUUGGAUGGUGAAGGAAUGACGGAUGCUGACUUCAGUGCCAUAUCAACGUGUUCAAAUUUACAAUUAUUAUCCAUAUCAUUUUGUGAUACUGCCACUGAUCUUGCUCUUUCAUACCUCAAGAAACUUUCUGCUUUGGAACAUCUCCACCUUCGCAAAGGAAAAGAUUUCUCAUCGUUGGCUUUAAUGCGUUUCUUUGCUUUAUCAGAUAAAAAUAAACGAAUUGAAGAGUUUCCGUUACGUUUGAAAUUUUUAAAUAUGGGCGAGUGUGUUGGUAUCAAUGAUAAUGUUGUAGAUGUGAUAACGAAAAGUUGCGCUGAUCUUCAUUCUUUGUGUCUUUGCUGGUGUUGGUCGAUUACUGAAGUAGGAUUCGCAAAUAUUGUUCGUCGACUUAGGAAGCUUAUGUUUUUGGAUGUAAGAGGCAUGGAUAUGAUUACCGCUUCAUCUUUAUGUGACGUGCCAUAUUUAUAUCUGCGACAGUUGCGUUUCUUAUCCGUUGAGCAAUGUUGUAGGGUAAGAAUUUCAUAUGUUGAAGACAUUAUUCUUGAGAUGCUAAAUUUACGCAAAAUCGACUUAUUCAUUCUAAAUUACGAUAGUUAUUAUAUAACGUUGACAAUUGGCAAUGGUAAAAUUUCGUUUGAAAGUCGAUGUGAUGAUGUAUAUUGCAGAGCAGUUAGAGAAGAACUCAUUGAGUAUGAAGGAUUGUGUUGUAUGUCAGAUGUGCUUCGCUGA